CCGCCCGUUACGCGUCUCGGGGAGGCGGUUGGGCGGGGAAGGGAGGAGUCAGCGAAGAUGGCGGCGGUGGGGAGAGACGGUUCCUUCGGUUCUUCCACGGCAUCCGGAGCCGCCAACAACGCCAGCGCGGAGCUGAGGGCGGGCGGCGAGGAGGACGAUGGGCAGAACCUCUGGUCCUGCAUCCUCAGCGAGGUGUCCACGCGCUCCCGUUCCAAGCUGCCCUCGGGGAAGAGCGUCCUGCUGCUGGGUGAAGAUGGAGCAGGUAAAACUAGCUUAAUAGGAAAAAUUCAAGGAAUCGAAGAAUACAAAAAAGGAAGAGGCAUGGAGUAUUUGUAUUUAAAUGUGCAUGAUGAAGAUCGAGAUGACCAAACAAGAUGCAAUGUAUGGAUUUUGGAUGGUGACCUGUAUCACAAAGGUCUUCUUAAAUUUGCAAUGGAGUCAAACUCACUAAAGGACACUCUAGUUAUGUUGGUAGUUGACAUGUCAAGGCCUUGGACUGCAAUGGAUUCUUUGCAAAAAUGGGCAAGUGUUGUAAGAGAACGCAUUGACAAGUUAAAAAUUCCUCCCGAAGAAAUGAAAGAAAUGGAGCAAAAGUUGGUAAGAGACUUCCAGGAAUAUGUAGAACCAGGAGAGGAUUUUCCAGCUUCUCCACAGAGAAGAAAUACUUCAUUACAGGACGACAAAGAUGACAGUGUGAUUUUACCCCUGGGUGCAGAUACACUAACAUGUAACUUAGGCAUUCCAGUAGUAGUAGUUUGUACAAAGUGCGAUGCCAUCAGUGUUCUGGAAAAAGAGCAUGACUACAGAGAUGAACACUUUGACUUCAUUCAGUCACAUAUCAGACGGUUUUGCUUACAGUAUGGGGCCGCGCUUAUUUACACUUCGGUAAAGGAGAACAAAAACAUUGAUUUAGUCUAUAAAUAUCUAGUCCAUAAGUUGUACGGGUUUCCUUUCAAUGUUCCAGCUGUUGUUGUGGAAAAAGACGCAGUAUUUAUUCCUGCAGGUUGGGAUAACGACAAGAAGAUUGGCAUCUUGCACGAGAACUUUCAAACACUAAAAGCAGAAGACAGUUUUGAAGACAGCAUAAGAAAACCACCGGUCAGAAAGUUUGUUCAUGAGAAAGAAAUUGUUGCAGAAGAUGACCAGGUGUUUCUUAUGAAGCUGCAGUCGCAACUGGCGAAACAGCCACCUACUGCUGCAGGACGGCCAGUGGAUGCCUCGCCAAGAGUUCCUGGAGGAUCUCCUAGGACACCAAAUAGAUCUGUGACAUCCAAUGUCGCCAGCGUUACACCUAUCCCUGCUGGGUCCAAAAAAAUUGAUCCCAACAUGAAAGGUACCUUUGUCUUUAUGGGGACAAAAAUUAACUUGGGGAAGUGCCUUUCUUCAAUGCGCUUUUUUAGCAUAACCGAAAGAUUGAAUCGCUAUUUCUCUGGAUUAUGUUUGGAUGGCUUUUUGUUUUUUUGUCUCCUCUCCCAUUCCUGCCUCCUUGUAGCUGGAGCUACCAGUGAGGGAGUCCUGGCGAACUUCUUCAAUAGUCUGUUGAGUAAGAAAACUGGUUCCCCUGGUGGCCCCGGUGGUGUUGGUGGCAGUCCUGGAGGUGGCAGCGCUGGAGGUACCGGCAGCAAUCUGCCACCAUCAGCAAAAAAGUCAGGUCAGAAGCCAGUUUUAACAGAUGUUCAGGCAGAACUGGACAGAAUCUCACGAAAACCCGACAUGGUUUCUCCUACAUCACCUACGUCUCCCACAGAAGGCGAAGCAUCUUGAAGACACCAAAUAAAACCAAUUGUUCAGUUUUCUGGGGUAAUUCAAACUUGCCUCUGCCUCUUCCUUCAGUAACUGGAACUAAAGAACUGAAACAUCGUUUCAGAACACAAACAGUUUGUCUGUCUUUCUUUCAUGUGUUGCCCAACUUUACAAAAGGGAGCUGUACAGGUGAAAAACGGUAUCACAUCACAUAGGGCUACUGUUCACAGUGCAAGAAUGGUAGAUAAAUUUCUGGGUUUUGUUGAUAAGUCGGUGUAAUUCUGUGAAACUGGCAAGUAUGUUCACUUACAGAUAAAGGUUGCUUAGAGCAGGAGGCUGAUGCACACCGCAGGCACUUAAUUUAUAUUGAUUUCCCAACUCAUUAGUUGAUUUCAGUACCCUCUUAAGUAGAGUGUAAACUUCUAAAGGAGAGAACUACUACUAGUUGUUGGAAAGUCAAAUCACUUGCACAAAACUGUAACGACAAACUCCAAAUAUACUUGAAUGCUUGAUUUGGAGCAUGUUUGCAAACCUGUUUGAUCUCCCCUGAGAUCUAUACGGCAUUCAAAAACCCACACGAAAGUUUCAUUCCAGACUAAGACUUUAAAUUAGUGGCCGGUUUUUUGGUUGUUUUCUUUGAUUAAUUUCAGACACUGAAUAAAAGAUGUAUAAAGAAAAAGCAGAGGUUAAAUGUACAGAUUAUCAGUAUCCAGAUUUGUCUAUAUAUAUAUGGCUCAGCCUUAAUGUCCCCCACUAUGUUUCCCAUAUUAAUUUAUGGUUUAAGAUUGGUCAUCGAAACUGUAAUCAGUUAAUAAAGUGUUCUCUGCAUUCAAAUUUCAGUAA